UUGUGGUAUUCGAGGUAUACCCGACGUGUUAACGUGUAGUUAUGUAGUAGUGUGUUCAUGUGUUGACGUUAUGGCUUACGCAUUCUCAUGAAGCAAAGCCGCUGUCACCAGGCUCCCUCGGAUGCUGAGAGGUUGGGUUGCCUCUAAAAGCGUAUCGAUUGAUGCGGCGCCCCUCUUCCUCGUUCAGGCGUCUCCUUUACGCUCGGCAUCAUGCGACCAUCUUUAAGAAAACAUUCCAUUCCUAGAAUUUCCAACAUAUUAAAUCCAUAAACGAGAUGAACGGAUUUAUUUAAAUCACAAAACAACGCGGACACUGUGAACAGAAGUACUACAAUGGCAGUGCAGGGGGCGGAGAUGGAGGGGCCGUCUCUGUCGCAUCAGGUGGAGAGUGUGGAGCGCAGCAUCGCCUUCCUCAGGCAGGAGCAGCUGACCCUGCUGCACGGCCUGCACCUGGAGAUACUCAGCUUGGAGAAACGCUGCACAGAAUUGACCCGUGAACUGCACUUGAAGCCACCAGGAAAAUCCCAAAUAGACUGGCUGGUGGAGGAGGAGCAGCUGGAGGGCCGCUGUCGGGAGGCCGAGGUGCGGCUGGCCGAGCAGCAGGGCCACGCCGGCGACCUCCAGCAGGAGCUGAGCCACAAGGGGGUGCUGGUGGGCGCGCUGCGGGCUAGCCUGAAGGAGAAGGAGCGCCACUUCCUGGAGGAGCUGAAGCGCCACAGCCACCGCACCACGGCGCUCACCUCCGAGCUGCAGCAGCAGACCGAGGCGGCCGCCUGCCUCUCCUUACAGCUGCACUCGGCCAAGCGCAAACUGAGGCAUCAGCAGCAGCAGCCGGAUGGGCACCAUAGCCAUCACCAACAUCAACAGCAACACAACCACCACCACCACCAACACCAUCGGCAAAGGGCUGCCAGCCACCACGGUCCCACAACAGGACCCACUUCGCCUCUACCCGGCGGCGGGGCAUCGGCGGCCAAGCCUAAACGCCGCAGUGGCAGCAGCGGCGGCGGUGGUGGUGGUGGUGCUGUUGUCAAGCACACUCCGGCCAGCAUCCGAGCGGAGCGGGCGCGCGAGUGUGUGCCGCGCGAGAGGGUGACGGGCCCCGCGGAGCCCAAAGCCAUGCCCGACCCGGCACUCUUCUUCUACCCGUACCGGGAGAGGGCUCGGACUCGCCACAGGCAGCACCACGCGGCACACCACCACAGGCUGCCUCUGGAGGACAGAGAGGGGCCGGCUGGCGGGGCACCGGAGGGGCCCGGGAGACUGGCCCCGAUCCUGGGCACGCCGCCCCCCAUAGCCCCUCUCUCUGCUGAUAGCCAGGCUGAAUAAGUCAUUACUCUGCUUUGAAACCUUUUCCUCCUCUCCCCCUCACACCCUUACUCUUAAUUGUUAAUCUUUAGGUCCGCUUCUGUUUGAGUUGUUGAACUGUCUGUCUUGCACCUUGAAGUAUUAGGCAUUUGUUUGCAAUUUUCAAUGUUGUUGCACCCUUCUGUUUAAAUGUUAUGGUAAGUUUUCUUUGAUAUCAAGAUAUCUAUGUUUAUUCUAGGCAAUACUUUGGCACAGACUGCAUUUCCUACUACCGUUUUAU